AGCAUUAUCGAAACGGCAGCAAUGGCGGAGGCGGUAGCGGCAGCGCGGAAGUGUUCCGCGAGCGUAUGUCGGCGCGGAUGGCGGCGCGACGCACGCACUUGCACGCGGCAUGCACGCGUCUUGGCCUCCUCCUGCCCGCCAACGACACACUGCAUCGGCCCAACCCUUGGGAGUUCUUCAUCAACCGCAAGCACCAUCUCAUCUGGUGCAACGUAUUCAAGGCGGCAUCUUCAUCAUGGAUGUACAAUUUCAACAUUCUAGCCGGGUACACGCCGGCCUACCUGCGUCGCACCAACACGGUGGCACUGACCCUGGCUCGCCGGCGCUACCCUCGGCCAAGCCUCGCCCAACUGCGCCACGCACUCAACGAGUCGCUCGCCUUCCUCGUGGUGCGCCACCCCUUCGAGCGCCUGCUCUCCGCAUAUCGCGACAAGAUUCAGGGCGCUUGGCCCAACACGCCGCACGAGAAGCUCGGACAACAUAUUGUCAGCAUGUACCGCUUCGCCACAACCCAACAGGAUAAAAAGUCAAUGAAAUCGAAAAAGUCCUACAAUCCAAGAUGGCCUACAUUCUCGGAGUUCGCGCGCUAUUUGAUAGACGUCCAUAGGAAAGGCGAAGUUCUCGACAUGCACUGGACUCCAAUCAUCGAGUUCUGUACGCCGUGCCACAUCGAAUUCGACAUCAUUGCCAAGUUCGAGACACUCCAUGAAGACCAAAAAUACCUGAUAGAUUUAGCAGGCUUGGGACACAUUAUAAAGCCUGAAUGGAAGAAUCCUAGUAAAGGAAGAAAUACGAAAGAAGUGAUUAGCACAUACUUCUCUCAGCUAACAAUUCGCCAAAUGAUACAACUUUACAACAUCUACAGGUUUGAUUUUGAAGUUUUCGACUACUCUUUGGACGAUUACACCCGAAUGGCGAAGCUGGAGCCGUCUAGUCCCACUUCUUUACCUUGAUCGUGCCUCAAACAGAAGCUUAUGUGAUAAUUUUUAAAAGAUUAAUUGUUACAUAGUUAGUCCGAUAAGUCACCUAGCAAUAAGGUUUGUUUAGUAUGAAGAUACAGUGGUAAAAAGAUUGUUAAAAUUUCAUAAUCAUCGAGAAUAGAAUUUCCUACAGUAGAAUCAAUAAUUGGUACAGAUUAUUAAGGGGGUUUCAUUCAUAGAAGAAUAAAUUCUUAAACACUAAGCCAGAAGGCUGAGUGAAUUACAAAAGUCACUAUUCAUAUCGGAGUGUAACAUUGAAAUAAUAUUGAAUCAUAUUAACACCAAGUUCUUAAAAUGUAUGAAUUCAGGGCUAUUUUCUAAUUAAAUUGUAUUCUUGAUCUAUUAAUUUCAAAGGGUACCAUAGUUCUCUUUUAUAAACACCAAGUUAUCAACAAAUUUUUAAACGAGCAGAAAUUAGACAAUUCAAUCCAGUAUUGAGCUUAUUCUUGAAAUUUUAAGAUCUAUGAGCCCUUAGAAUUUCACAAAUUUAUAAAACAUUAUUGUAUUUUACGAAGUUUUAGUGAGUUUUAAUUCAAACUGAUAAUGUUUAUGUGAUACUCAUACAUUCCAAAAUAUUUUGAGAAAUACUAAAUCAAUGGAGCAAUGAAUGGAUGAGUAACUUACCCUAAAUUUGAAAACUGAAAAUACAUUAAAUUCAUAUUUUCAUAUUUGCUCCAUUGGUGAAAUAUAAUAAAGAGUAAGUAGGCUACUAAAUUUUCAAAAUAUAAUGUACAUUAUUUUAUUACUUAUUCCGAUUGUUCGUAUUUUGAUGAAUGUCAAACAAACAAUGCAAUACAAUAUUACAUUAGAAGACAUUUUUAACCUUCCGGUAGUCGCGCCCUACUCAAUCACACGAGCAGUCGCUUGUUGUAAUUUUUACAACAUCCAAUUUUCCAAGUGUUAUGCACUUUGUUUACUGUCAAAAAAUAUUAGUUAUUUGUAUAAUUACUAUUCCCAUCUUAUUGGAUUAUUUUACGCAUAUAAACAUUUGGAUGAUAACCAUUUCGUAGCCCAAUAAGGUACACCAAGCAAAGCCAUCAAUUCUGUGUUAUUGGCUCGUUUACAGUUCCCGUAUAGUCAUUCUUAUGCACUGUCGCGACUAAAUGGCACCUAAAGACUGAACCAUUGCUCGGUUGAUACCGCAACUCAGUGGAGUGAUGGGGAGAAAGUUUUUGAAUGCAUAGGUGACUCAUUCACUGACACCACCCCAUUCAAUAGUUUUAGGCAGCAAAAAACUGACACUGUUGUACUUUUUACAACAGCGCGACUGCCGGAAGGUUAAAUAAUUCGAUUUCUAAAAAAAUAACAAAACUAUUUUAACAAAUUGAGCAAUAGAUAGCUUCCAUUCAAAGUGUAUGCCAUCACUCCCCCAUUUGAUACAACGAUGCUCUGUGGAAAUCAGUAGGCCUACUGUACUCAAAUCUUCCUUAGGUUCCAAAAUAUUAGAAACGAGCUUCGUCUAUUAUCAAUUUUUCACUGAUAAGUAGAACUGAUUUAAGAAGUUUCAUUAAAGAUCAACAAUAGAAUAAUUAAAAAUAAUAGAUAGAUUAGGCUCAAAAACUUUUUUCUUUAAUUCCUUGACAAAAAUUGGCGUUCUACUUUAUACAAAUGUAUGUCGAAAGCCAUAUUUAGGGCAGAAAAUGAAUGAUCUACAUUUUCCAUUGUUUGAAGACGAUUCCUAUCUCUGAAAAUAAAACCUAGGUCCUAGGACAUACUCAAGCUGUUCAAGAGUACAUACUGUAGAAAUGGUACUAGUUGAUAAAGUUUAUAAAGCUUUUAAUAUUGAAUUCAUGCAUUUUCGACUGAUAGCUUAAAUUUGAAACAGUUACUGAUAGGGUAUCAUAUUCUAGGAAUUGAUUGUACUUUUGCAUAGAAAUUGACUAAUUGCGAUAUCUUAAAGAUAAAUAUAGAGUACAUAAAGUUAAAAAUCAAGUAGCAAAACAAUCAGAAUUUGAAAUUAGAUCCUUUAAAGUGCUUAUCUUAUCAUUCGAUGAAUUGUAUCAGAAUGUUGAAAACUAAAUAUAUUUUAUUCAAUUAAAAUAGUGCUAGGCCUAUAUAAACGUUGAAAUUAUAAUAAAUCAUGAUCGUUAAAAUAAGAAAGUGAAAACGUAUUCUCGCCUUUCAAAUAUAGGCUAUAUUGUUUGAAUAGAAGUUUUGAUUGAAAAUGCUAUUCUAAGGAAAUGUUGAGAUAAUGCAUUUAUUUUCCACUUGAUUGUUUUUUUAAACCUGUACUUCAUAGACGCGAGGAAAAACUUUGGUACAAAAAUUAAUUAAAUUAGAUAAAGACUAUCCAAAUUAAUUACCUAAACAAAUCUGUUACACGUGUUUUCUACCACGGGUUUCUGUUAAAACAAGAACAUCAACUUCAAAUUCAAGACAGAAUAUAGCUUCAUCAAAAGAGUUAAAUCAUUUGAGAGGCUUGAUAUAACAUGGAAACGUAUAAGAUGAACGAAAAACAUGAUAAGACACCAAAAUUAUCAUAUCAAACAACGAUGACCGAAUCUAAAAUGAAUACAACACGUAAUAGCAUUUUAUUUUUAAUAUGAAGAUUAUAUCAUUUUGAGUAACAUAGUGAGAUAUAUAAAUUUAUUGCUUUAUUGUUUUGCACACUCACUAAGUUUUCCUGCACUUUGUUCAUGAUUUUAAGAAUGCCAUUGAGUGCCGUUUGCAUAGUGCCCGCUAAAUUUGUGGCGUUUGCAGAGAAAAUUCAUUUUAAACUGUAUUAUUCAAUAUUGAAUAUUGUUUGUUAUAAUAUAAUUCAUUUCAAGCCACCACCUGAUUCAAUUCAGUUUAAAUUUCAACUGUGCAAACGGCCACAAUUGUCACAAGUUUAGAUGAUUUUAUGCACGAUAUUUUAUUGGUUAGUUUUGAUAAUGUUGAAAAUUGAAUAAUGAUUACCAUCAAUAAUACCAAUUGUUUUGCUUUAAAAGAACUAUCAAUUAGUGAAAUAAUGCAAAUAAUUGUGUACAUAGUGUAAAAAUAUAGAAUUGUUGAAGAGUUUAUUAAAUUUGUUAGUAUUUGUUAAAAUAAUGAAA